UUUGAUUUUACGCUGCAAAGGAAAGCUUCUCUUCUACUGUUACACUCCAAAGGCUCCAGCCUUUUCUAUAACCCAAAAGCUAGUAGUAAAAAAUUGAAUCAAAGACUCCCAACACUGCAAAGGCGCUUAAACUGGCAUUCUCUGUACAACAGAGUCUCUGAAACUUUAAAGGCUUUAGGGUUUUCCGAAUUAUAUUAAAUGUAGAGAUUCCCUAAUCCCCAAUCGUUUCCCAAUACCCCCCACUAAUUUAUAGAGGGAAAACUUUCAAAGUUUCUAUUUGGGGAAAAAAAAGAAAAAUUCUGUUUUUGGAGUGUUUGAUGGACCGUCUCCGCCCAAGACAGAGACAGAGACCUGUCUUCUCUGGAUUUACGAAAGCUGAGCUGUCUUCUCUGGAUUUACAAAAGCUGAGAUUGAGAAGAUGGAGAAAUUUUUAAUGGAAUCAAGAGAGCUGUUGCAGAGCAAGGAGUUUUGUCAAAAAAUUGCAAGAAGUUUUAAUUCAUCGUCAGGUCGUGCUGGCAAACCUAUUGUUAAAUGGACUGAGGUACAAAGCUGGUUCAUAGCUAGGCAGCAAGAAAGCACAUCCAAAGUUGCUUCCUUGACAGAUACAUCCAAACACAAGUCCAAAAUCCCUGAAACUUGCCCUCUAAACGAUGGACAUCAAAGUACACAGAUUCUUAAAGGAGUGGUUUCAAAAGUGGGAGGAAAGGUCCCAGAUCUAUCAGAACUAGAAUUCGAGGCAAAGUCAUCAAAAGAUGGUGCAUGGUAUGAUGUUGAUAACUUUCUCACUCACCGAUUUCUUGGUUCUGGUGAAGCGGAAGUUCGUGUUAGAUUUGUUGGAUUUGGGGCUGAGGAGGAUGAAUGGGUUAAUGUAAAGAAGGCAGUACGUGAGCGAUCCAUUCCGUUUGAACAUACGGAAUGUGACAAGGUGAAAGUUGGAGAUCUUGUAUUAUGCUUGCAGGAGAGAAGAGACCAAGCAAUCUACUAUGAUGCUCACAUCAUAGAGAUUGAAAGGAAAAUGCAUGACAUAAGAGGUUGCAGGUGUCUCUUUUUUAUUCGAUAUGAACAUGAUGGCUCUGAGGAGAGAGUUCGCUUGAGGAGACUGUGUUAUAUUCCGAGCCAACAAAUCAGAUAGUUUCUACAAGGAUUCUGACUUAUCUUCUAUCUGUCAAUCACAAUUUUGCAUUUUUUAUCUGGGUGGGGUAGAUUUAUUACUGAUGGUUUAUUGAACAAGAGAAUUACAAAUAUGUAAAUCUGUCAGUCUGACAGCAUCCUACAAACAUUGAAAAAUAUUACAUAAAUCGAGCCGAUUUCAAAGGAA